AAGAGAGUUGCGACUGGGGGAUUGGAAAGAGGAGGAGGAGGAGGAGGAGGAGGAGGAGGAGGAGGAGGAGGAGGAGGAGGAGGAGGAGGAGGAGGAGGAGGAGGAGGAGGAGGAGGAGGAGGAGGAGGAGGAGGAGGAGGAGGAGGAGGAGGAGGAGGAGGAGGAGGAGGGGAACGGAAAGAAGGGGCGAAUGGGAGAUAGAGCAGACAGGCGAGUGUUCUGGUCGUCCAGCCACAAUGAAGAUUAAAUGGAGUAGCUGAUUAGUCCGG